AUUGAUUCAAGGUAAUUUCUUUUUUGAACGAUAUUUGCGUCGUGUUCAGUUUCAACUCCUAGUUUCAAUCAGAUGGUUUAAGGUUGCAUUGGUAAUUUAGGAGUGGGCAGUAGCUCUCUAUAUUAGGGUCGAGACCUCGGAAGGCUCGGGUAGUUAAGGCAUUUUAUCGAACCAACGUUGACUUAGUUUAAGUGAAGCAACAAUCGAGUAACAACGAUCGACAAUGGCUCUAACAAGUCUGUGGUUGUUCGCAGUUCUACUGCUUUUCUUCASSCAUACCACUUUACAACAACGAUCCACACCCGGUUACGUUUUCGAAUCAGAUGAGUACUUUUACAAGGUCGUCUUUGAACAAGAUGACAUUCGCACCUUCUACGAAGCAGAGGAACUGUGCAGUGAGUUUGAAAAUGGACAUUUGGCAAGCAUAACAAGCCAAGCAGAAAAUGAAUGGUUACAUAGAAAGAUCCAGUCUGUCCAGCACACUUACCAGGCAGCUCGCUUUUGGGUCGGAGCAUCAGACAGGCGUCAAUUUGGUUCGUUUGAGUGGAUUGAUGGCAAGCCCUUCGUGUUUUACUCAGCAUACUACCUCGAUGCAAGACGACCAGGCAAGAAGCAAGACUAUGAGAUGUGYCUAUCGCUAGUUUCUUCCCGUAAAGACGUGGAGUGGGUSAAUGAAGAUUGUUACAUGGCGAGAGGAUAUAUCUGCAAAACAGAAGGGGUUCCCAAGAGGCUGACAGAGAGACGUCGAUUUGGAUAUGAACUGGAGGAUAACAUAUGGACGUACAAGUUCAUUAUCAACCAGGAUGAUAUGCUAUCAUGGCCGGAGGCUGAUGUYUACUGUCGCAAGACCGAAUGGGGACACCUCCUUAGCAUUACUGAAGACGUCGAUAGCCUGAAAAUACUUCAGAUGAUUCAAAUGCUUCGCUAUUACUUUGGCUUUGAAAAGCUCUGGAUCGGCUCCAGUGACAUCGUCAGGGAAAAUGAGUUCGUUUGGACGGAUGGAAAACGGUUUAACUAUACUAACUGGGCUCCUGGUGAACCGUCGGCAAUUCACAACGGCUACAAUGAAGACUGUGUUGUUGUUAACAGCCUGCAUGGAAAAUGGAGUGAUGAAUACUGCCUGAAUGCGUAUCCUUACAUAUGCAAAAUWAAGAUGUGUGGUGAAAGAACUGAUCUAGCCUUUGCAAUCGAUGCCUCGGGGAGUAUGGGAGAUGACGGGUUUGCCAAAGCCAAACGUUUCAUCAAAGCUCUUAUUGCAAGCUUCAAAGUCUCCAACAAGGGAACACACGUUGGCUUAAUUCGGUAUUCAACAAGAGCAAACGUCAUCUUUGAUUUCAACCAACAUUUCAGCCAUGAUACAGUAGACGAAGCUAUUGAUAAUGUGGAGUUUACAGAGGGAGGUACCAAGACCGAGCUGGCACUGAAGCUGGCACGUACAAGACUCUACUCAAAGAGAGGUGGAUAUCGAAGUUCUCCCUCUGUUUUCAAGCUCUUUCUUCUCUUGACUGACGGACGAUCGGAAAAUCCAAAAGCUGUUGCAGAGGAAGCCAAACUCCUAAAGGCCGCGGGUGUUCAUGUGAUGGCUGUCGGGAUUGGAAAAUACACCAAUCAAAAAGAGCUUCAAUCCAUAGCAACCAGCAAAAGUGAUGUCAUCGGAGUGGUGUCGUUCCGGGAACUGAUGAUAAGAAUGAAUGAGAUUAAAGACAAACURUGUGAAAUUGCUCAAGCAAAAGAAAAGAAAACAAAUGCUGCUUUGAGAAAGUCUCCGUCAAAACGAAGAAGACUGAGAUAAUUACCUUCACGUGUUGAUGCACUCUAGUCUUAAAUCAUCGCAGUCAUCCACAGGAACCCAACGGCACCAUAGACGACUUAUUAUUUAUCGAGGAGUUAUCGCUUUAUACACKKKGUUUACUGGAUUUCCGAGGAUGAAGAACAAUAAAUUCCUUGUGACUAUAAUGACAUUCUCAUUUGCUACGAUGAUGUCACRAAGCCACGYGAUCAUUGUAUGGACAAAUAUGGUGGCAUUUCGUAGAGUAGCACAUUGCAGUAUUGCAUGAUUUCAUUAUUAAUUAAUGGACAAUCUAUUAGUAUAUUUGUAAAAAUAUUAUUAUCAUUAUUCUGUAUAAAUAUUUGGCGUUAAAGGAAAACAAACAAACUGCUUUACAUCAAACUCAAGCGCACUUGUCAUUGUACUCUUAGUAAGUCUGGUUUAAGAAGACAAGCGUUGGUGGGAUCAUUGAAAUGAGAGAGAAAUACAAACAUCAACCUUACAGUACGUCACUCGACCGUCAAUAAAUGAAAGGAAUCAAUGAAUGAAAAUAGAAAGAAUUUGAAUAGAAAGAAAUGUAAAGUACUGCCAGAGCGCAAAGAGACGCUAAAAUAGCUCGACUGAAUCAAUUAGAUGGAUUAGAACAAGUGUAUCAUUUGUAAAGAAAAGUUCAUCUCGAUAAACGGCAUGCAGUUCGAUGUAUAUUAACAUAUGAACAAAUAGAAACAUAAAUAAAACUGCGAUAAUGAAUAAAUAAUUUAUUAAAUUGAAA